UGUGAUGCUCGAUUUCGCUGGAUAAGAAGAUAAGAAAAUCGAACGCCCUCAUCGAAGCAACAAUGGCGCUGUCGGUGACGUGCAGCGGCGUCCGCUGCUCUUCCUUCGCCUCCGCUCGCACCGGGAAACCCGUAUUAUCCCUUCUACCCGGUCCUGCCCCCCUCUCCCCCCGCUUCCCCUUCCAUUCCUUUCCCCGCUCUUUUUCCACCGGAAACCUACCCCACCGCGGCCCUCGAGGAGUGACGGUCAUGAGCAUGGAGGCAGGCAUCGGCGUCAUGGGAACAAAGCUCGGCAUGAUGACGUACUUCGAACCUGAUGGUACUGUCGUCCCCGUAACCGUCGUCGGCUUCCGCGAGGGCAACAUCGUCACCCAGGUGAAGAGCGCUGCAACCGACGGGUACGAUGCCGUACAGGUGGGGUACCGCCGCGUCCGCGACCGGAAGCUCACUAAGCCCGAGAUGGGCCACCUUGAGAAGGCCGGCGCCAUCCCUAUGCGCCAUCUCCAGGAGUUCCGCCUCCAGUCCGUCGAUGGAUUCGAGCCCGGCCAGAGGCUCGUCAUCGAGGAUAUAUUCAAGGAGGGAGACCUCGUUGAUGUCUCCGGCAACUCUAUCGGCAAGGGUUUCCAAGGUGGAAUCAAAAGGCACAACUUCCGUCGUGGGCCAAUGACCCAUGGCUCCAAAAGUCACAGAGCCUUGGGUUCAAUUGGUGCCGGUACUACUCCUGGUCGUGUAUACAAGGGAAAGAAGAUGCCUGGUCGAAUGGGAGGAAACAAAAACAAGAUCAGAAAACUGAAGGUCGUCAAAAUUGACAGUGAACUGCGAGCAGUCAUGAUUAAAGGAGCUGUUCCUGGUAAGCCUGGCAAUCUUCUUCGAAUAACACCUGCCAAAAUCGUUGGGCUAAAUAUACCCAAAAGUUAGCACUUAUUAUCUUGUCAAUGCAAUCGUUAUUAUUAUUUUCUUUGUUGAGAACUGGGUGGCUAAUGUUUUAUUUUUUGAUAUGAAUUUUGUUACCCAAAAGUUAGCACUUAUUAUCUUGUCAAUGCAAUCGUUAUUAUUA